CGUCAUCCCGGCGGCGCUGUCUGAGAGAGAGUUAGAGAGAGAGAGAGAGAGGGACGCACUGAACACUGACGAACCUGGACGGGACGAGUGGCCCCCAUCCAUCACCGCCAUGGGAUGCAGCGCCGCGCCCCCGCGCUACCUGAAGCCGGUCCACCUGGACACGCGGACUAUAAAGCAGUGCAGUUGAGGCUGCCGCUGCACCACAGCUCCUCUCCUCCCCGAGCCGAGCAGGAGGAGGAUGACGAUGAUGACGACGAUGAUGACGAUGACGAUAAUGAAGAGGAGGAACAUCUAAGGAUGAGAAGUGUUUCUCCAGCAGACAACUUGGACCGAGACGUUUGCGCGACCCUCCUCCGUGUUUAGCUCCCCAGGACCAUGUCGGCCCUGUGUGUGUCUGCAGUGCUCUUAUGUUCAGUGAUGGUGAACAUCUCUGCUCGGGUUUUGACCACGAUCAGCGCAGCUGACUAUUCAAUCCUCUCACCUCGCCACUAUCGGCACACCGACCCGGACUCGGGCACCCAGCUGGUCUGUGACAAGUGCCCGGCAGGCACCCACGUGUCGGCCCACUGCACCCCGACGGCCGUAAGGGAGUGCAGCCGCUGCCCCGAAGGCAGCUUCACACGUGGCGAGAAUGGGAUGCAGAAAUGCCAUCCUUGUCGAGCUGUGUGCCCUGCAGGCUUCAUGGAGAAAGCCAUCUGCAGGCCCAUCCAGGACAGAGUCUGCACGUGUCCCCCCAACAGCUUUUUGUCAGGGGAUGGCGUCACAGAGUGUAAGCCACACUCGCUGUGCCCGCCAGGGACCAGGGUGAAAAGGCGGGGCAGUGAAACAGAGGAUGUGCUCUGUAAGCCGUGCACCAAAGGGACUUUCUCAGAUGUAGAGUCGAGCAUGGCAAAGUGUCGCACUCACACGGACUGCAAAGCUCAGGGUCUGGUGCUGAUAACCCCGGGGACCAAAGAGACCGAUAAUGUCUGUGGAGCCCCUUCCUCUUUGCCUCUCUCUACAUCCACGCUACUGGGGCCUGAACAGGCUGUUGUACAUGAACCCAUGACUUCCUUACCCACUCCUUCAUCGUCCCUGAAUGGACCUGCCUAUAAAGGCGGCUACAGACAGUCAGCAGCCAUUCAACUGAGGGGAAACCUUGGUGGGGGAGACCACCGUGCAGAGGGGCUACUCCUCAGCAGGUUAAGCCUUCCCACCCCAUCCAAUCACGACUCACCACAGGUUACACAGCUCCCAGCUCACAAACAAAACAUAGACCUCGAACACCAACACGGGCAAACCAUUUUGGACCCUAUGCCAGGCUCCAACAAAAAGGCGGCAGAUAGUAUGGAGGGGGCGGAGAUAGUCAGAGUUGGUGUCAGUAAGGUAGCCGGGCAGGAGAGCGGAGGUGGGGGGAGUGGUGUGUCUAGCUACUACAGGCCCACUCGCAGGGGGUCCCCCAGGCCCAGCACCCAUGAUCACUUUGACAUCAACGAGCACCUCCCGUGGAUGAUAGUGCUGCUGCUCCUGCUGGUGCUGGUGGUAAUCGUGAUCUGCAGCGUGAAGCGGAGCUCUCGCGUGCUGAAGAAGGGGCCCGUGCAGGACCCCAGCAGCAUCAUAGAGAAGGCAAUUCGGAAGAAAGCAGCUGCGCCUCCAACGCAGCUUAAAGAGAAGUGGAUCUACUACUCCAACGGACAGGGAGUGGAUAUCCUGAAGGUAGUGGCAGCCCACGUGGGCACCCAGUGGGCCGACAUCUAUCAGUCACUGGCCAACGCCACGGAGAAGGAGAUGGCCGCCUUCUCCAAUGGCUACUCGUCGGAGCACGAGCGGGCGUACGCCGCGCUGCAGCACUGGACCAUCCGAGAUGGCGACGCCAACCUGGCCAAGCUGAUCAACGCCCUGCACAGACAGCGCCGCAUCGACGUGGUGGAGAAAAUCCGUUGUGUCAUGGAGGACAACCCACAGUUUGACAUCAACCAGCUGAUUACCUCAGUGAAUGUAAGCCAAAGCAUCAGUAUCACCAACAAGCCGGUCAGGUCUCCCAGCAGUGGCGGUAGUGGCAGCAACAGCAGCGGAAGCACUGGCGGGGUCAGUGGCGUGGCAGUGGAGCAGUCCCCGGACCGCACCAAGGGAUUCUUCCCCGACGAAUCGGAGCCGCUGCUCCGCUGUGACUCCACCUCUAGUAAAGACUCCGCCCUCAGCAGGAACAGCUCGUUCAUUACCAAAGAGAAGAAAGACACCGUGCUCCGACAGGUUCGUCUGGACCCGUGUGACCUGCAGCCCAUCUUUGACGACAUGCUGCACAUCCUGAACCCGGAGGAGCUGCACGUCAUCGAGGAGAUCCCAGCUGCAGAGGACCGGCUGGACCAGCUGUUUGAGAUCGCCGGGGUCAAAAGUCAAGAGGCCAGUCAGACACUGCUGGAGUCAGUCUACAGCCACCUUCCUGACCUGUUAUAGUGCAAGGAGGGAAGAAGAAAUCCAAUGGGCAAGGACCAGAACAAGUGUCUCUGUGGGAGGGAUAACUCCAAUCGGAUGGAGAGUGACAUUUCACAGUCACAUGAUUGGAGCUUGGUGUUUUAGAAGAGAUGGUGAUCUAUUUCACAUCUUGGCUCUUGAGUACUACGUUACCAGCCAGGUGGUAUUAUGAGUAUAGGAGUAUUUUGACCAGAACAAUGAUGCUUCAGAGCUUCCAAACUUUGUUAAUAUAUCCCAACUGACCAAUGCCUUUAUGGGGUUAGGUUCGUACCAAUCGUCCUGGCUUCCCCUGUAUUCAACAUAAUUUCAGCGUUAAAACAAACAGAAUAUUUAAGUCUGUGGUUAUUGCUACAUGAUUGCAAUAAAAGGAGACUACACACACACUAGUAAAUUAACUAUAACUCUAAAUGGUACUGGUAUUAUUAUUAAGCAUUUAAACGGUUUAGGAGGCUUGCAAACCACAAUCACAGAUAUUUUGGAAGAGUUGGUUCCUUUUCUCAGCACCCUCCUUUUUUGCAUUUGUGUUGACGUGGAGCAAGAGUCCGUGGGGAAUUUAUGCUGGUAACCUACCAGACCAGCAGGGGGCAGUGUCAGAUUAGACGGCUGAUCUGCUGCUCUGGAAACAAAACCAUUUAAAAAACAAAUACUAGAUUAAAUGUCUAAGUAACACAAUAUCACAUUAGUAGAGUCAUAUGCUUUUGGAAAAAAAGGAUCCAUAACUAUCAAAAAAGAGCAGUAAUUUCUGUAUUUGUUCCUUUGCAACCAAAUCCAUAUCUAAAAACAGUUUAGAUAUGUCGCUUUGGAUGCUCGGUCGCUGUUGGACGGAAGGACAGUAUGAAACCGACACCAGAUGUCUGCUCGCUGGCCCCAUUCGCCCCAACAAGUUUGAGAUUUUGGAGCUUCAUGUCUGGCUGUCUGAGUGUUUCCAACUAUUUUUUCUUCAUGCAGUGAUAUGUGGCUUCAUGCGGUGGAUAUAAAAAUCUUAAAAUGAUGCACUAAUUAUAUUUUUUAGAGAAAAGGCUGACUAUAUUUUCCCUUCAUGUCUUAUGCCAAUGACAAAAAAAAUAUUAUGUCGAUUGGUUUUCUACAUUCAGUCUGAUAACCUUAUUUUAGCACCACUUUGUUAUCAUUUUGACUUCACUGUAUUUAUUUAUAUUACCCUUUCCCCCGCUUGGCUUAAUGAUGAUAAUGAUGAUGAUGAUGAUGAGGAUGAGCUGGCCUGGAUGUAAGUCAUGCAUUACUCCAUACUUGAGAUCUACUUGUGUUACAUGAUUGAAAUGAGAUCGAAAUAAUGUGCUCUUUCAGUUCAUUCCAAGUUCCAAGUAAAUAAUAAAGCUGAAAUGCACCACCAAAAAAACCUCAUUGCCGUUUGGAGGGGAUAUUUCAGGCGCCAUGAGAGGAGAGGAGGAUAGACUCUGUUUUCACCAAGCCAGUUACUAUGGAAACGCAGGGGGUAUUAACCCUGAACUAAUGACUAUUUCAAGGAUUCCUGACAGCACGAAGGACCAGUGAUUUGUGGGAUGUUGACAAUGAUCAUGGGGAUGAUGGGAAUGACAAGUGUGAGCUUGCCCUCCACGAGGCUGUUGGGACUCUUUUAAUUGUAUUUUCUUCUAAGGAAGUCUGACAGAAUGAUGGUAAGGUUUGAAACGCACUUGUGGCUUAAGUGGAGGAGUUCAUUAACGUGUGUAACCACUAUGUUUACUACUAUGUAACCUCUUGAAUUCAACCAAUUAAAGCUCAAAGUAUUUGUCAUA